GCAGUGUAGCUGCAGUGGAUACAGAUGUGCAACUCAACUGCAAAACAUGGAGAGUAUCACAGAAUCACAGAACAGUGAUUGCAAGGGACCUUAAGCCUUGGAAGGCUUGGAAGGGACCUUAAAGAUCACCUAGUUCCAACAUCCCUGCCACAAGCAGGGACACCCUCCACAGCUUCUUGGGGCAGUCCAUUCUGUGCCUCACUGCCCUCACAGUAAAGAAUGUCCUCCUAAUAUCUAAUUUAAAUAUACCUUCUUUAAGCUUAAAGUCAUUCCUCCUUGUCCUAUCACUAUCUGCCCAUGUAAAAAGCCCCUCUCCAGCUGUAUUGCUGUAUCUUGCUGUAUGUAGAUACCAGAAGGUGCUGUAAGAUCUCCCUGGAGCCUUCUCUUCUCCAGGCUGAACAGCCUCAAUUCUCUCAGCCUGUUUUCAUAAAGAAGGUGUUUCAAUGUGAACUUGUGAAUAAGAAACUAACGUAAGAUACUGGAGACAAAUAAUAUGUGGUCAAGUUUCCACAUAAGCUUUUGUUUUUCAACUGAUUGUGACUGGCAAAAAUAAGGACUUGUGGAUGGUAGAGGCAUUUAUUCCUCAAUAUCCACUCCUGCUAACCCCUCUUGCCACUUAACAUAAAAUGCAAGAUACACAGACCAGAGAAAAAAACAACUACUGCAUUUUUUUUUUUUUUUUACAAUCACCUAGGGGGAAAAAAAAAAGUGAAAGGAAGUGAUUCCCAAAUUGUAAAUCCUGCAAAAAUUCACCAUCUCUCAAGAUACAACUGGUCACUUGUACAGAGCACUACGAUUAAGAUCCAAACAACAUCCUCAGAGUGCUGCAGCUUCUCCAAAGAACAUCUUCCCUUUCCACAGGGAGAUCAGCAUCAAGAGAGGAAAAAAAACUCCCAAGCAACAUCCUGAUGGGAAUAACCGUCCAAAACAUCACAGGAAACACAGCAAUGGUAAUUUGGCCAAAAAUGGCCAGUUGUGUUGACAGCUUUUACAGCAUCAUGUACCAUCCUAACUGGAACAGCAUGCUAUCCAGCUACUCCAGAAAGAGCUUUCAGAAGGAAGAGAGGGUGCCCACCACUCGCUCCUCUUUCGUUGUUGAAAACCUGACUCCCCUCACAACAUACAUCAUGUGUGUGACCUGCCAGUCCGCAAACCCCUCCAGCGACCAGUGCAGAGUUUUUAAUACUCUGGAACAAGACCCAGCAUCAGCAAGCAACACCAAGAAAGAGCUGGCACUGGGAAUCUGGCUCACCAGCAGCGUCCUGCUCCUCAUCAUCGCUGCAGUCCUGCUCUACGGCUGCCUGCACCUCCUGUGCCGCAGGAGACACGAGCGUUUGCAAGAGCGGAACAGGACCUCCAAACAAGAGCAUGAGCAGCCAUGGACCAAAAGUGUGGCAUACACCUCAACUGAGUUCAGCAGGCAGAGCCAGCAGACACAGGACACUGAGGAAAAGCAUUCAGGUGGCAUCCAGCUGGCCACAAUCAUAGAGAAUCCCUCAGUGUGCAAUGAGCUCACCAUGCCAUCUUCUAAAAGUCAGGAACGAGUCCCAGUAACAGGACAGUGCUCUGCUAUGAAUGAGAGAUGUUUUGUCCAGGAGAAGGCUUUUGCUACAUGAGGUACCCCAGCUACUUCAAACACAUCACAUGCACUGUUGGUGCUCACAACAGGGAGCUCCAACUGCUCACCACAGCACUCCUGGCUGUACCUCUGAUGUCACACCUCUUUCCAGCAGCCUGUAUGCAAAGGUUCACAGGCCCAAGAAGUGAGCACUUCAGCCACCCUCCAUCAUUUAAAAAUUAAGCAUGUAGCAAGUAACUGAUUUACAUUUCAAGGGGAUUUUUUGUUGCUUUUUUUUAGUCUAAAACAGCAAACAAAUAUAAAAAGUAAUCAAAAGUGACCAAAAGAGUUUUUGUUAACUAGCAUGAAUAAAACUGAGCAGUUUUCAGAUGGCAACUCAGGCUGUAACACUAUAGGCAACUGGAACAUACACACAGAGUGCAGUGGUUUGCCAGUGUAUCCCAAAACACACUACAAAGCAGUACCACACUCAGACAACACACUUCACUGCCCAAAGUGCUGUCCAUCCCUCCCAUAUACACUGAAGUCAGUCUCAGACUGUAAACUCAACAGAUUUUAACUGUAUGUUCUCAUCUAUCUCAUUUUCCCUCACUCUAAAUACAUGCAAGAUAAUGAAUUUGUAAGGACACAUCUAAUUGAGGAAAUAUCCUAGAUUAUCACAUUUUGCACUCUCCUGUUCCCACCACAAGCUACCUUCAGAUCCGUGGGCCAGUGACUCCCUGCAGAGGCAAUGGAAUUCAGAGACACAGCUCCUGGCCCUUCCCUUACAGUUUUAAUGAUAAUGUGUGUUAAUCAGCUGCAAAUUUCUUUCUAAUUGCACAGUAUAUUCUGUGUAAUGAAGGGGGACAAAAUAGUAAAAACAUGCCAAAAUGCAUUUGCUUUUUGUAACAAGAAAACUUGCUGAUCAUCUCACUCUGCCUUGAGCUUCAUGGCAAAGGGCCAAGGUCCUUCAGAGAGAAAUCUGUUCACCCUCACAACGUGACAAGUGUUGUCUGAUUUACAUGUAUAAGUCACCCUGCUUUAAACCUCGUAAGUGCAUUUGUGUUCCUUAAAAACAUAAUAAAUCUUUGUAUUGCUGUAUAUACACCAAAAAAACCAAAGGUGCACUGUGACUGCAGGCACUUAAUUGCUCUUGGUAUAAAAGUAUGUGUGAAGUCAUCUCUCUGACACUGGUCAGUUGUCCCAGUGAAGGCUGAUACCAACUGCUGGCUGGGCUGCUGCCAUCCCUCUCCACCGGGCCCUGGGAGCUCAGUUGGGGCAGGGAGGGUCCAAUUUUGGCAAGAGAGCCCCCCAUGAAUAUUUCACAGCAGGUAGUGGAUCUUUUCAGCUACUCUAUUUGACAGCAAGUCCCACGACUUGUGAAAUUCAUCGACUCUCAGAGUGCUAGGGAGAAACUGGCCUAAGCGUGAUGAAUCUUUGUUUUUUGGGGGUUUUUUUGUUGUUGUUUUUUGGGGGGUUUUUGAGUAGGAUAAGCAGGACACACAGAAAUGUUUGCUGAACAGGGGCGAGUAUGACUUUCAGAAAACACUUCAAAAGGCAUUUUUAUUGUCUGAAGUUAGCAAUAACGUGUUCUCCGCCUCCUGCAGAGCACUUCCUCCAGCUGACACAUUCUCCUUUGUCUUGCACGUCAGUCUCAAAUAAACUGUGAGAAUAACA